AGACGGCAGCCCGCACGGAGCCGCCGGCCGACAGGUGUCACCGAGGAGGCCCAGGUCCCGCCGGCGCACCUCGGCCCGGGCAGCAGGUUUUACAAAGGAAGCAAACUGUUUUACUUCUUUUAGAUUUUUUUCCAUUUUUUUUUUUCUAUAAAUCAAAACAGCUCAACAUGGAGGCCUAAAAUCCUUAAAGGGACUUAGUCUAAUCUCCGGGAGGUAGUUUUGUGCAUGAAUAAACAAAUUAAGUAGUUAAUUAGAGUUUGUGGCAUCCAAAGAAUGUUAUCAUUUAAAAAAUAUGAUCUAGUUAUGUGAAGUAUAACAAUAAAGUAAUAUUGAGUUUUUUUAAUUUGUGGAGAAGUGAUUUUACUUGGGACACAUUGUUGAAAUACUCUUCAAAAUUGGCUGAGCAAUCUGGCUACUGUGUAGACUAGAAAAACAAGUACCUAUGUUUGUUAAAGAUUUAGAAAUGAAUGACAGUUAUCUAGAACAAAGAGUUAAUAUUCAACCCUCUGUUAAAUUAGAGAUAUAUGCAAACAAGACCUUUGACAUGUUUAAAGAUUUCUACAAUGACAAAGAAAUGUCAAGAACAAAACUUUUUGUUAAGUACAAGAAAUUUAGACAGAGUAGGAAAGAUGAACUUGAUGAUUGGUGAAUAAAUUAUCUAACCAUUGAUAAGACUAUUGGUAUUUUAGUUUGUUCAAAUGGGCUAUUAUCUCUGAGAUUGAUAAUAAUAAGAAUGAUGGCUAGAUGGUUACAUUUUGAUAAAGGAACAACCUUAUUCAGAAGUAAAAUUUACACAGAGACAAAAAUAAACCCCAAGAAGGUGAUAUAACAAUGUGUAAAAUUUUUGACCAGUGAAAAACUGAAAUUAGAUACAAUAACUUACCUUUGAGAUAUGGGUGUUUUUUUUUGUUGUUUUUUGUUUUUUGUUUUGCCACCUGGAAAUAAAGCAUUAAAGUCUGCAGUGAAAAAUCCCAGUAUAAAAACAAAAAAAAAACAAAAGAAAGAAAAGAAAGAUCCCAACAGGAAACCGUGCUUACAAAUUACUGCUAGAAAAACCAUGAUGACUUGUUUAUUGGUCAUUGCUGAUAUUAUUGAUGCAGAACCUAUUCACUAGUAGCUAGUCAUAAUUGAGAUAUUCUGAGUUUUUAGGUCUCUGCUGUUCAAAAGGAGUGGAUUGUCACAAAGUAAAUUUAUUAUUAUUUUGUCUUGAUAAUUUCCAGUUCAAGAUGUGCUGUCUGUGGAAUAUGUUCUGACCAAGCCAUAUUUGUACCAUUUGGCUAUCCAUCUUAGCCUAUAGACUUGGCAUUUUUGAUUGUCUUAAAACUAAACCCACUAUCAGAGUGGAAGAUUUGAUGUCAGCUCCCAACAGCAUGAAGCUGAGUUUCGGAGACCCACUGAGCAAAUAAAAUAGAAUGUCUAAUUUGCUAAGUAAUAUCUAAUGGAAUCACUAUUGCAAAGCAACCAGGUUCGUGACUAUUUAUGAGAAAUAAUUAUUCUUUAAUAAAUUUUAAAAUCAGGACUUAAGAUGUCUUAUCAGUUAAUUCUGUUACUACUUAAGCUCUAUCUGGAAGAAAAGUUUGGAUUGCUUUGUUCUCCUUAUUAAAAUGAUUGUAGGAAGAAAAAUUACUUAAUCUGAGCAAGGUUUGGGAUAUACUAUAUUUCAUUGAAUCUAAGAUGUCAUGCUAUAUAAUAAAGGGCUAAUAUGCAAAUUGACUGAAUGGCAGAACGACUGGUCACUAGGAUGCACACUGACCACCAGGGGGCAGACACUCAAUGCAGGAGCUUCCCCCUGGUGGUCAGUGCGCUCCCACAAGGGGAGUGCCACUCAGCCAGAAGCUGGGCUCACAGCUGGCAAGUGCAGCGGUGGUAGCGGGAGCCUCUCCUGCCUCCACAGCAGCACUAAGGACGUCCGACUGCCAGCUUAGUCGGACAUCCCCUGAGGGCUCCCAGAUUGGGAGAGGGUGCAGACCAGCCUGAGGGACACCCCCCCCCGAGUGCACGAAUUUCGUGCACCAGGCCUCUAGUCAAUUAUAAGGUAUACCAUAAUUUUAUGUACCUCUAAGAAAUAAAAAUGCUGCUAAUUAAAAUAUAAUAUGGCAUUAAUUUUAAGAUACCUCUUGAUAACAGAUAUUAAAACAUGCAUCUUAGAAUCAGUGAACUAUGGUACUGCAUUCUUUUUCUCUUAUGCCUUCUACCGUCCCCCCCCCCCCACUACCAAAUUUCACAAUCUAAAUAAAGCAAAACAAACAUAGAGUAUUUAUUUUCUGUAGAGUACUUAUCAAGCAUAACUUUCCACCAUGGGAGCAAGCUAGCUGUGUGAGUCAGACAUUUUAUCGUUAGACUGGCUGAACGUCACUGAAGCGUUCUUCCAUUGACCUGCCUGUUGACACUAAAGGGCAUCUUGCUGACCUAAAGCUCUCUACACUUACCAAGGGUUUGCAUUUUCAUCACAAGGUACUAUAGAGCGUCAUGCUUACAUUGUAUGAUCGUACAAAGGUGCUGCUAUGCAUAAUUGUUCCUUAAGAUGUAUCAACGCAGGAUUUUGAUCUCGCUGUGCUGAAACCCUGAAGACACAGGAGAAAAAAGGACAAAAUAUUUCCGUUCUAGGUGUUCAACCUGGAACCAAAACUAGAAAAAUCAAAGCCAUGCACAAAACUACCUCCCUAGAGAAAGACUAGUCCCUUUUCCUCCCCAUCCAUUUCUUUAUGAACAUAGUAGAAAAUAGCGAAUUCUUAUCAAAGUUGAUGAAAAGCGCCAACAUGUCUGAAAUGAAAUACGACUUUUCAUGUGAACUCUACCGAAUGUCUACAUACUCGACUUUCCCCGCUGGUGUUCCUGUGUCAGAGAGGAGUCUUGCUCGCGCUGGUUUUUAUUACACUGGUGUGAAUGACAAGGUCAAAUGCUUCUGUUGUGGCCUGAUGCUGGAUAACUGGAAACAAGGGGACAAACCCAUUGAAAAGCAUAAGAAGUUGUACCCUAGCUGUGGCUUUGUUCAGAAACUAAAUUCAGGUAACAUUUUGGGAGCCACCUCUCCGCUUCAUUUGCCUUCCUCCUCGGGAACAAAUUCCACACAUUCAGUAUUUCCAAGUUCGGAAAACAGUGGUUAUUUCAGUGGCUCUUAUUCAAGCUUUCCCUCAAGUCCUGUAAACGCCGAACCAAAUCAAGAUCUGUCUGCCUUGAGAAGUCCCAACCACUGUAUCAUGAAUACGGAAAACGCCAGGUUACUUACUUUCCGGACGUGGCCAUUGACCUUCCUGUCGCCGACAGAUCUGGCAAAAGCAGGUUUUUACUACAUAGGACCUGGAGACAGAGUGGCUUGCUUUGCCUGUGGUGGGAAAUUGAGCAAUUGGGAGCCAAAGGAUGAUGCUAUGUCGGAACACCUGAGACAUUUCCCCCAAUGCCCGUUUUUAGAAAGUCGGCCUCAGGACACUUCAAGAUACAGUGUUUCUAAUCUGAGCAUGCAGACGCAGGCCGCCCGUUUCAGAACGUUCUGUAACUGGCCCGCGAGUGUUGGAGUUCAUCCUAAGCAGCUUGCAAGUGCAGGUUUUUAUUAUAUGGGUCACAAUGAUGAUGUCAAAUGCUUUUGCUGUGAUGGUGGACUGAGGUGUUGGGAAUCUGGAGAUGACCCAUGGGUACAACAUGCCAAAUGGUUUCCAAGGUGUGAGUACUUGAUACGAGUUAAAGGACAAGAGUUCAUCAGUCGAGUUCAAGCCAAUUACCCUCAUCUACUUGAACAGCUGUUAUCUACUUCAGACAAUCAAGAAGAUGAAAAUGCAGAGUCACCAAUUAUUCAUUAUGGACCUGGAGAAAACCAUUCGGAAGAUGCGGUCAUGAUGAAUACACCUGUGGUUAAAGCUGCUUUGGACAUGGGCUUCAGUAGAAGGCUGGUAAAACAGACAGUUCAGAGUAAAAUUCUAACAACUGGAGAGAAUUAUAAAAUCGUCAGUGAUCUUGUAUUAGAUUUACUUUAUGCUGAAGAUGAAAUAAGGGAAGAGGAGAAAGAAAGAGCAACUGAGGAAGAAGAAUCAGAUGAUCUGUCCUAUAUCCGGAAGAAUAGAAUGGCACUUUCUCAACAUUUGACUUGUGUGGUUCCAAUCCUGGAUAGUCUACUAAUUGCUGGAGUGAUUCAUGAACAAGAACAUGAUAUUAUUAGACUGAAAACGCAGACACCUCUGCAAGCAAGAGAACUGAUUGAUACUAUUAUAGUAAAAGGAAAUUUUGCAGCAACCAUAUUUAGAAACUCUCUACAAGAAAAUGACCCCACCUUAUACAAGCGUUUAUUUGUGCAACAGGACAUAAAGUAUGUUCCCACAGAAAAUGUUUCAGAUUUACCAAUAGAAGAACAACUGAGGAGACUACAAGAAGAAAGAACAUGCAAAGUGUGUAUGGACAAAGAGGUUUCCAUAGUGUUUAUUCCAUGCGGUCAUCUAGUAGUAUGCAAAGAUUGUGCCCCUUCUCUAAGAAAAUGUCCUAUUUGCAGAGGUACAAUCAAGGGUACAGUUCGUACAUUUCUUUCAUGAAGAUGAUCCAAAAUUUUAGCAUUAUGGGUUAAAUGUAUUGUAAUUUUAACUUUUAUAUUGCUUUAGUUUCCUUAUUUUUAAAAAAAUUUAUUUACAACUCAGAAAAUUUUGUUUUACACAAGUAUAAAUAUAUUUAUGUAAACAUACAGCUAAACCAAAUAAACAUAUUUCAAACAGCAAGAGAAUAUGCUUUUGUUCUUGUGAACAAAAAAUAGGGAUAGCACUACAAGUACAAUACUAAAUCAAAAUUUCAGCGCUAUUGAAAUUGUAAGUGAAGUAAAAUUUAAGAUUUGUUAAUUAACCUUUCAGAAUUUUAAAUAUUUUGGAGUUGUAUUAAGAACCAAGAACAUGGAUCCUCUGUCUUUUUUGAUAAGUGUCCUAUACAUAGAAGAUCUUGAUAUUUGUUGAGUGACUUUUUAUGGACAUGGUGUUUUUGUAAAGAAUUAUGUGAGAAAUGUUUUAAUAAAGCAAUCAGAAUUACUCUUA